CAAGCACAUGACAUGAAGUAGCUGCUGAUACAGCGGAGCCACAAAAGGGAAGAAGGUGGGGUAGAGGUCAGAAUCAGAAGGCUAUUCUGCUUUAUUUGCAGUUUGGGAGUUAUCCCUUCCCCUCCACUCUCAACACACAUAUAGUAUGACAAGUUCCCUUCAGUAUCAAAUGUGCCCAAAAGAUAAUAAAUGAAUGAAAGAGAAGGACGGGUGGGUGGGAACCUUGAUCACAUGAGGAGGAGCAGGAACUGGAGCUGGGCACCGGCAGUUCCUGCAGAGCAAGUCAGUGCAGGAAGUCGGAACUGCAAAGAAACAAUUGUGCUCAUGAAUAGCUCUGGGUGUCCAUCUCAUAAAUUAGAAAUCAAUAUAAUCAUAAACAAAGGGCUGCCUGUAAAUAUAUCCCUGUCAGCUCACACCUGCCUCAACCAAGAGAGAAAAGAUGAGCUUUGCAGUGUGUUUGGGAGGUUAACGCACCUGGGCUACAGCCGACUAAAGGGAGGGAGCAAAUCAACCAAGGAUCCAAUAUCAACUUCAAGUUGUGUUCCUGUUUUCUAAAUGGAGGUCACAUUCCUGCUGUGAGAAAUGCCAAUAUGAGUUUUGCCAACUCUUCUGGCUGCUGCCCCCAGCCUAGCAACAUUAUGUUUGUCCUUGUCUUGAUUGAGCCACAGCCAGCUAGUUCUCAUUUAAACGCUGGUUGGAUCAGAUGUGAAGGAGACAUAGUAAGAUCCUGAUUUUGGAAUUAGAGCCUCUUGCCAGAAGCUGUCUGAAAGGAUCUUCAUUAAAACAAGCACCACAACAAGAAGCAUUUUCAGAACAGAAAUGAACAGCUGGACAGCAAAUAACAGUUUCGUCAACAGCAGUGGAACAGAUCUCACUAUCGGCUUUACCUCUUCUGCAAUAGCUGUCUUUUUAUUUGGGACAAACUUUGUACCUGUUAAGAAAUUUGAUACUGGUGAUGGAAUGUUCUUCCAGUGGAUUCUCUGUGCUGCAAUAUGGAUAGUAUCAUUGGUGGUGAACCUUAUUCAGAAUAGCCCUCGGUUUUGGCCUCUUGCUAUGGUUGGGGGUAGUGUAUGGGCUACAGGUAACAUUACAGUUGUCCCCAUUGUUAAAACCAUUGGUUUAGGUCUUGGACUCUUAAUCUGGGCUUCUUUUAAUUUGCUAACUGGCUGGGCAAGCUCAAGGUUCGGCUGGUUUGGAAUUGACCCAGAAGAAGUAUCAAAACCCAUCUUAAAUUAUAUCGGAGCUGGACUUUCAGUGUUAAGCACUAUCAUAUUUCUUUUUGUAAAAAGUGAAGUUCAGAGUUCUUCAACUUUGUUAGAAGCCACCCCAUUACUGAGAGAGAGGUCAGUCAACAAUUCUGAAAAUACCUAUUCUGAUGCUUCAUGGGUAGACAGUCUUUCUCCAGCACGAAAAAGAAUAAUAGGCUGUACCCUAGCAGUAGUAGCUGGAAUAUUCUAUGGUUCCAGCUUUGUGCCAGUGCUCUACAUCAAGGACCAUGGUAGAAGAAAUGGAACGGUAUACACAGGAGCAAGUCAAUUUGAUUUAGACUAUGUCUUUGCACACUUUAGUGGAAUCUUUCUCACAAGUACCAUAUACUUUUUGAUCUACUGUGCAGUCAUGAAAAAUAAACCUAAAGUUUACCCUGAAGCCAUAAUACCAGGAUUUGUUGCUGGUGUACUUUGGGCAAUAGCCAAUUGUUGCUGGUUCAUAGCUAAUCACUACCUCAGUGCGGUGGUCAGCUUUCCAAUAAUUACUGCUGGCCCUGGCUUUGUAGCUGCUAUGUGGGGAGUCCUGGUAUUUAAAGAAAUAAAGGGAUUGAAAAACUACCUGUUACUCUCCGUAGCAUUUUGCGUCAUUUUGGCUGGGUCACUCUCCACAGCGUUUUCUAAAAUUUGAAGGGAUUGCUUGGACCAGCAGAUGGUGCUACUGGUUAAUAAAAACACUCUAAGAAGACUGCAAUCUGACAUUUUCUGAGCUGAUUAAUAGAUCUGCACUCUGACAAGAGACUGGCGAAUAUUCAUAAUUCAAGUUUUUUAUGCCAACUGAGAAAAUUCAGCAGAAAUUGUUUCAGGCCUGAAACAAGUAAAAGAUAGCAUGGAAUAUAUAUAUAUAUUUUAAUAUAUUGGAAGAUGCCAGUGUUGUCUUUCUGGAUGAUUGUAGGAGCAAAAACUGGCCUUCAAAGGGUUUCAAAUAAUUUUUAUAAUUUUCUGUUAUAGUGCAUUGGUCUAUAAACUAUCAUUGAAUCAGGAUAAGUUUUAAUUCAUCUUCGCAGGUUGGAGGAUAAAGGGAAUGUUAAUUCUGGGUCUUAAUAUUUUACUUUGCAAGGCAGUACACUUUUAAUAUAUUGUGUGUUCUGGUUUAUUAGGGCUGAUAUGCAAAACAAUUUGUCAACAAAGUAACCAUAGCAUCACUGAAGCAAGGUUUGUUGGGGAGGGAGGUUGUUUUGUAUUGUUAAGACGUUAUCUAUUAACGUGUCAGUUUACAUAAAAAAAAUGUAUCUGCUAUUCACUUUAUAGUUUUGAAUGUAAAAGCUUUUUGUUGUUGUUGAAAUAGUCAACAAUGUUUAUUGAUGAUCUUGUUUUGUUUAACUGAAAGAAGUAGUUUACAGUUCCAUUUAAAUUAUGCAAAUAUUAGUACCUUGGGCAUCAUUCUUGAAAUAUUUUCUAAAAUCUACUCAGUUGAAGUAGAAUUGUGAGGAACUAUGCAAACAAUUUAUUCUGGAACUGGAGCAAUACCUUCAGUGUAAGAAAUGUAAAUUUGUUGCCAAAUUACAUAUACAGUUAAACAUUUGUUGACAGGCACCAACUAUUGUGCAUUUUCUGAAUAGUCAGACUUUUUCAUGCAGCACAUUCCAUAUCAAAGCUGUGGCCAUCACAGUAACAUUUUGUAAUUGGUUAUACUAAAAAUUCAUGGUAAUUUCUAUGUUGUCAAACAGGUUUUGCUAGAGUGCAAAUUGCAUGUGUUGUAUUAUGACUCGAUUUGCAUGUACAAUUUCAAAAUAGAGUGAUUUCAGAGUA